CAUCUAUUCAUCCUCCAAUCUGAUCAAAAAGCGUUGCAAAUUCAGCGAUUUGGUAACCCUAGAGCUCGGACGAAACCCUAGCCGGCAUCAAUGGUGUGCAUUCGCCAAGCGACGGUGGAGGACCUGAUGGAGAUGCAGGCCUGCAAUCUAUUCUGUUUGCCUGAGAACUACCAGAUGAAGUACUAUCUCUACCACAUCCUCUCAUGGCCGCAGCUUCUCUACGUCGCCGAGGACUACGAUGGCCACAUCGUUGGCUACGUCCUUGCCAAGAUGGAGGAGGAGUCUUCGGAGCCGUGCCAUGGCCACAUCACGUCGCUUGCCGUGCUUCGCACGCAUCGCAAGCUUGGUCUCGCCACCAAGCUCAUGACUGCAGCACAGGCCGCCAUGGAGUCCGUUUUUGGUGCUGAAUACGUCUCCCUCCACGUCCGACGUAGCAACCGCGCCGCCUUCAAUCUCUACACGUCCACGCUUGGCUACAAGAUCCAUGAUGUGGAGGCUAAGUAUUAUGCUGAUGGGGAGGAUGCGUACGAUAUGAGAAAGCAGCUCAAGGGACGGCAACAUCAUCACCAUGGUCACGGUCAUCAUCAUCACCACCAUCACCAUGGUGGUGGGUGUUGCUCUGGGGAUUCCAAGGCAGUUGUGGAUGCUGGGAAUGCCGGAGCUGGGGCUUCUACUUCUGGGGAAUGAGUGAAAAAUUUAAAAAUGGCGCCUUUGAGGUAAUCUUGUUAUGAUAUUGGAGUUCUUAAAAGUUGUGAUGUUGCUAUAAGUGAUGUUUUGUGCUGUUAAGACGUCUUGUGUAGCAUUGACUGCUAUGGUUUUGUUGCAUUAAUGUUGGAUUUUAUUGCCUGAAAUAUGAGAAAUUUGGGAAUUUUACAUUC